ACUGCGUUUCCAGUUGAUAGGAAUGGGCGUGCUUGGUGUCGGUGUGUGGUUACGGCUUGAUCCAAAGACGAGUCAGUUUAUAAAUGCGGCAGACGGCCUCGAUAUGUAUUACAUCGGGACAUACAUUCUGAUUGGUGCUGGUGGACUCCUCACUAUCGUGGGGUUCGUCGGGUGCUGCGGUGCUUUCCAGGAGUCUGCAUGGAUGCUUGGAACAUUUUUCGUCAUUCUUUUCCUCAUUCUGUGUGCUGAAAUUGCCGGUGGUGUGUUUGCAUAUCUUUAUAGUGAAAAGCUCUCCGAUAGAAUUACAGAUGGUAUAAAAAAGAGCGUCCAAGUAGAUUAUGGUUCCAAUUACGGACGGACGCAGUCUGUUGAUUUUAUACAGAAAUCAUACAUAUGCUGUGGUAGCAAGGGGCCGACUGAUUACGUAUUGUCGUCCUGGUUCCAGGGAGACCGAUCGGGUUUCCUCCCUCCGUCCUGUUGUCUUUACGACACGCCACUAUCCACGAUUAAACCAUGCACAUUACCGGUAACCGGUCCCAGCGAGACCAAAAAUAAAAACAUCCCAACCAUACAUACCUCUUUAGAAUGUUGUGGCAGUGUCGGCCCAUCAGACUACACAAGCUCAAGCUGGAGUAGGGUCAACACAAACAAACAACUACCAAACUCUUGUUGCAAAUUAGACCCUGAAUAUGACGGAAAACGCACAUUCUUCGAGACGUGCGUUGUGCUGGGUACGUCGGAUGUUGGCCAGUAUAACCCUGCCCUGCAUAAUACUGGCUGUGCCAGAAAGUUAUUUGGGUUCUUUGAACAACACCUCGAUAUAAUCCUCGGGACAAGUGUAGGAGUGGUAGGGGUAGAGCUCCUUGGGAUGAUCUGCUCAAUGAUCCUAUGCUGCGUGAUAUGUCGACAGGGCGGCUAUCGGUACCGGAAGGCCUAGCAGGAAGCCGAGAUGGGGGAGCGACAUUCAAGCACGUGCGGCGCGAGACUGAGCGUCAACAGUUGGAGGAAUGAGGAACAUUUGUCCACACACCAUAUGUCCACGCCUGUAUAACCCUUGAGGGCCUAAGAAGAAAAAGGAUACCUGUAUUUUCAGAUACUUUGGGAAAUUAGCUUCGUCUUUGGGGUUUUCUGAAAUUUUGAAAUGAAAAUACUUUUUCUGGUUCUUUAAGGCUCACACCUCAAGUGCUGAUUGGACAACGAAAGAUAUAUAUGAUCUCAGGGAACGCUUACCCCAUCUUCGAACCAACGAAAUACAAUCCAUCAAACCCCCAAUAGGUGUCGUCACUUUGUUUUAGACUACUAUUUUGAGAUGCACAGAAUUGACGUUUUUAUCAUUUCAUCACAAAGACACAUCAUGCUUAAUCUUUGACAUUUAAAGAUCGGAGCAAACGUUACAAGGGCUUCUGUGUAGUUAGAGGAAGAGUUGCGUUAUCACCCCAAUAUUACAACUCUUUGAUGUAAAUACAACACAUGGCACUAACUUCUUAUAGGUGGACUAUAAGCAGGGCCUGGGGUCUAGUUGGCGAUUUCCUGGCGACUAAUAUGCUCGAUUGGAAAGUGGGUCUUGUUUGACUUUGAGUGAAUAGUGGUGAUGUACAUUGAGAUAGUAGAGCCACCUAUAGGCAACUUCAUGAAGUCUGACCCUCCUGGCUCCUGCCAAUAGUCUCCCUUUAAAUGAAAAAACAUGGAAAUAGAACUAGGAGUUCUUUUCAGGGGAAACUUCUCACUUCUCGAGUGCAGCAGCAGUUUUUGUCAUCAGUUUCGUGGGGGUUAUAUUCAUGGGUUUAAUAUUUCUGUAAAACCCAUCAAUACAGUUAAUAUAUCAACUUCGUCAUAUUGAACUAAAAUAUCAUGUGACAUAUUUUUGUACAGAAUGUGUUUGUAAUAUAACAUGUAAGUCUUUUGUAUGUCUUGCUGAGAAGGGUGUGUACUCUAGAACUGGUGCCCAAGUCAAUGGUACCUCAGAGUGGAACUCACAAGGCUGGACCAAGGAGAUGUUUUCGUGGUCAAUAGAACAAAACUCAUGGUCAGUGUCAAUGGUUUAAGUCAACACGGUUCCUUCGGCCAAAUGUUGCAUCAGAAAACCACUCCCACCAUUCAUUUAAAACUUUAAUGUGCCAUAAUUCUUAAUGUGAUAUUUUUUUAAGUAUAGGAUUUUGCUUUAUGUUGCAGUUGUAAUUCUAAUUACUACAUGUAUGACUGUACAGCAUAAACUGUAGUCGUAGUUCCACCUAUCAUAAAAACCCCGUGUUUUUUCAAGACCCGUGUCUUCGCCGUGUGUCAAAAAACCCUGGGCGCACUUGCGCCUAUCAGUGGUGUUAGAUAAUGGUUAAUAGCCCAGGCGACAGGUGCGCUGUAGGUAGGGAGCUCUUCUGUGUUUCUUUCCCGUUGGAGGGGAAUUUCGCAUGCGCAAUCCGAGGCAACUACACCGCGCCAUCUGUCGCCGGAUCACAGAACUUGCAAUUGUCGUGUCUAUUCAGACAUGUCAGAUUCCACCUCAAAAAACCCGUGUUGAACACGGGUCUAAAUUAGCCCCUGAUUAGCCCCAUCGAGCUCGAUGGGGCUAAUAAACACGGGGAUUUGACACACGGGUCUAUUUAGACACGGCAAUUCAUAGGUGUAAGCGCAAAAGACAAGGGGAUAUGAUAAUCUCCAUGGUUGGAAGUACGACUUUGUACUUCUUCUUUCUUUCCUUCUGUGAACCCUGUGCUUGUUUUUUGGUCGGACUUGUCCUCAGAAUGAAGUCAUUGACGUCAGCUCUGUGGAUCAUUUGCCCACCAAGGGUUAACACCUUGUAUAGUACAAUUUAUACCCAUGCUAAGACUCCCUCACUUUAUCAUUAACAACUCAAGAUUGUAUUGCAUUCUACAAAUUGGCAAAUUUGUAAAUAUUUUGACAUA